UCCCCCCAUUCAACCACUCGCCUCUCUGUUCCACUGUGUUUACUACACUGCCGAGCAUAAGGGAGACACUCGUCUUCACAUGCACUGAACCCACAGAGAACAACAGUUUUAGUUGUCUUUGUAAGAGCAGCUCCAGGAGAUCAACAUGCCCAAGAGAAAGGGAGCAGAAGGAGGGGAAAAGGAUGAGCCCAAGAGGAGAUCAGCCCGGUUAUCAGCGCAGAAACCGGCCGCAGCCAAGCAGGAGCCAAAGGUCAAGAAGGCAGCGAAGAAAGAAAAGGCUGUGAACGACAAGAAGGAGGACAAGAAGACCAAGAAGGCAAAGGAGAACGCCGAGGCAGAGGCGAAUGAGGAAAACCACUCCGAGAAUGGAGAGGCCAAGACCAACGAGGUGGAGGCAGCCCCCGAGGAGGCCAAGGAGGAGGCCAAGUCCGAGUAGCACCACUGCCCAAGCUUCCUCUUCCUCCUCUACACCUACCCCACAUCCCACUCCCCCAAAUCCCCCCCAGCCAACCUGCCAGCCCCCCACCCCCCUUCCGCCCCAAGUCUCUCACACGGCUUCCCUCCAAGGCGUAUUGUUAACAGAGGAAUAUUUUUAUCAAUGAUUUUAUAAGUAUCCGUACAGAUUUUUAGCACAAAAAGCAAAGCUGAUUAUGGAGCGCCUUGCAGAUUUGCAGUGGUCAUAUCAAGUGUCUGCAAGCAAGAUGAACACACUAAAAUCUUUUUUAAAUGGCAUUUCAUGAUUGUCGAAGGCUUGUUUGGUGUAGAAAGUGUGUCCCUGCUGGAUUGGCUACGUCGUGAGUUGUGUAUUCCUGUGUUUUUCCGCCGCUCGCCCCGCCCCUUGAUCUCCCCACUUCCUCCUCCUCCUCCUCCCCUAUUCUCCCUCCACAGGUUAGACCUUCCUCCCCCUGACAGUUCAGCUUUUUAUCCAUGUUUUAUCGACAGUUUUAGCCAUGUUAAUGUGGGUGAUUUCUUUUUAGACCUCUAAAUGUGCAGUGAGUUUCCCUUUUUGCUUCCGCCCCAUGGUCUUGUUUUUUUUGUGUUUGUUUUUUUUCUUUCAUUUAAAUCGUGCUUUAAAAGAAAAAAAUUAAAAGCGUUUUGAAGAGUGUUGUCCAUAAGAAAGAGGAAGACGAACAUGCGAAAACAUUCCGGGAACAGCGAUUGCCUACGACUCCGUCUCCUAAGACGACCCUGCGUGUGACAAAACAGCUCCUGCUCCAUCCACGCUGUCAUGUCAGCUUUUCUAAACACUCUGGUUUUUUUAAAACGAUCAAAUUUGGAAACCUUCUCUGACAAAUGCAGGUGUCUGGUCCCUCUCUUAUGUUCUGAAAUUCUCUUAAUAAAAAGAAGUCCUGGGAAUUUUCCUCGAA